AGCACGCGAUCGCUUUGGGUUUGGCUUGCAUUGCAGACUGAAAACAAUGGCUACUUCUUCACUCAUUUCCUCAUCAUUUCUUCUCACCACAAAGCCCUUAACAAUUCAACGCCAAAACCAACUCCAUAACACGACGAGUUUCAGGAACCGAGCACCCUGCAAUGUCCAAGCUGCCAAGCUUCCUCCUGGGGUUAUAGUACCAAAAGUACAGCCAAAAUUCACCGCACCGUUUCUUGGAUUUACGAGGACAGCUGAAGUAUGGAAUUCCAGGGCUUGUAUGGUUGGAUUAAUUGGUAUUUUCAUUUUAGAACUGAUACUGAACAAGGGAAUACUGCAGAUGAUUGGGGUAGAUGUUGGGAAAGGUCUUAAUAUUCCUCUAUGAAGAUUCAGUAGUUCAAGAAGACAAGCACGUUAGCUCAAUCAAGAAUGGAGCUUUAUUUAGAACAAGAAAACGCUUUUUUUAAUUUUUGUAUUAAAAAUGAAAAACACACAAUUUGUGCUCCAUAUGUUAACUCUGUCCCAAUUCGAUUAUGAUUUUAAGUACGCCAUUUUCCUCGUGUUCAA